AAAGAAACAACUUUCCUUGAUACCGAUAGCACCCAAAUUCCAACUCAACGUUCAUAGUCUCAUGUCAUGUUUGUUGAAAAAUUGAAAUAGUUACCGUGCUUUGCUUUUUAAAAUGACAAAGUUGUCUUUCCUAAUCCAUCGUCAUGAUUUGUAGUACAUGCACUAUAUGACUGUGGCCACCCAAUUGGAAUGAGGAUUCUCUACACGUCUUCAACACUUGAACCCCAAGCAAAACCAACAAGGACACAAUUCACAAAUCUGCCCCAUUCGAAAUUUUUACGAAAUUGUCAUACUGCCAUUCUAUAAAGUAUAAAACCAAAGCUAGCUUCAUCUUCAUCCUCAGUCCCAUAACCUGAACUCAGCGAUUUACAGUCACAUUUCCAAUGUAUUCUCUUAAUUUCAAAGACAUGCCUACCUCGGCCUCGUCCUUGUUUUCUGCCUAUGCCUCAUUGGCUGCAUUUAUCAUGUUGGUUCGCUCCAUAAUGGACCAACUCCUCCCUCAUGAGCUGCGUUCAUGUAUCUACACCUUCAUCCGGCAAUUCUUCUUCACCCCUCGAUCUCUUGACAUGACGAUCAUUAUUGAUGAGAAGUGCGGCUACAUCAACAAUGAAGUUUAUGAUGCAGCGGAGAUUUACCUCCAGACCAAGAUCAGUGAUUUGAAUGAGCGUAUUCGAGUGACCAAAACACCAGGGCAGAAGAGUCUCAACAUUGCUGUCGACAAAGACCAAGAAAUGAUGGAUUUCUUCGAUGGCGUUAAGCUAACAUGGCGAUUCGUGUGCGCUGAGGACAAGAAGAGUGAUUCUGGUUCUGGUGGCGAUGACAAGCGCCAUUUUGAGCUGAUUUUCGACAAGAAGCACAGGACCAAGGUGAUAGACUCGUACCUGUCACAUGUGUUGGCUCGGGCUAAUGCAAUAAGAGAAGAGGAAAAGGUUCUCAAGCUUGAUUCUCAGAGUUCGGAUUCAGUAGAUUUGGAGCACCCUUCAACUUUCGACACAUUGGCUAUGGACCCCGAGCUUAAGAGGACGAUUAUUGAGGAUUUGGAUAGGUUUGUGAGGAGGAAGGAGUUUUAUAGAAAGGUUGGCAAGGCUUGGAAAAGAGGGUACUUGUUGUAUGGUCCACCUGGUACUGGAAAAUCAAGCCUGAUCGCAGCCAUGGCUAAUUAUCUCAAGUUUGAUGUGUAUGAUUUGGAGCUUACUAGUGUUUAUGACAACUCGGAAUUGAGAAGGAUACUGUUGUCUACUUCAAAUCGUUCUAUCUUGGUCAUUGAGGAUAUUGAUUGCAGCGUGGACAUACAAAACAGGGAAUCUGAGGAGGAAAGUAAUGAACAAUCCAACACCAAGGUUACACUCUCUGGCCUAUUGAAUUUCAUAGAUGGUCUGUGGUCGAGCUGUGGUGAUGAGAGAAUUAUUGUGUUCACCACCAACAACAAGGAUAAAUUAGACCCUGCAUUGUUGCGUCCUGGUCGAAUGGAUGUGCACAUUCACAUGUCAUACUGUACCCCGAGGGGGUUUAGGGUUUUAGCCUCUAACUAUCUUGGUAUUCAUGAAAGCAACCCUCAUCGCCUUUGUGGAGAUAUUGAAGGUUUGAUAGAUAGCACCGAGGUUACCCCUGCUGAAAUUGCAGAGGAACUUAUGAAGAGUGAUGAUGUUGAUGUUGCUAUGGAAGGACUUGUCAAUUUCCUCAAUAGAAAAAAAUCCGAGAGAAGUAAAGAAGACGAUGAGGGGAGUCAGGGGACUAACAAGAGUGAAAUUGAAUGAGAUGUAGGGAGAAAACAAACUUGAGCAACUUGGUGAUGAAUUUUACAUCUUCAUUCUUGAAAGUGCCAGUAAGAUUUGGGGCAUUUUGUUGUUAACUGCGAUAUUUCUGAUGGAAUGAUUAGCUGUAACAGCGAUUAAGAAUGAGAAUGCAAGAACAGUGUAUUUGAAUUUGUAUCUGUUAUGAAGGGUUGAUCUUCU